UGUAUCAAAUUCAAAUUUUUCAACGCAUGAAUCAAAUCUUCAUUAUCAUUAAUGAUUUUACUUCUCAAUUGAUUUUGAAUAAGAUACGGUAAACCCAAAAUAAUUAAAGCAAUAUUUGACUUUUCACACAAAUUCUCUUCAGCACAAUGUAGUAAUAUUUGUUUUUCAUAUCAAUACUCAAGUAUUCCACCAUUAGUGUAUCUGUAGAAUAGAGAUUUUUCUUUGUUGUAUUCUCAUAAAAAUUUGUAAGAAACUUGUUUUUCAUUUUAUCCAAAUAUUCUGACUAUUGGACUUGCGAAUGCAUCUGUCUUCAUACCAUUUUAGUGCAAUACUUGAAAGAUUGAAGCGUAAAUUAUUUAUUUUAUCAGAGUCAGAUUUCCACUUGUUUGGACAGCACAACGAUUCAUAAGAUUUCAUCCAAGCAUUGGGAUUUUCACUUUCUCCUGAGAAAACGUAAUUUUCAUUGGUUCUGGAAUUCUGCUUGUAGUAAAUGUCAUCCAUUUCGACAUGAGAUUGGUUCAUUUUUUUCAAAGCAAAUUACAUUUUGAUCACCUCCAUAUGGAAUUUCCUUUUCAUAAUUGACCUGAACGAUUUCGGGAGUUUCUUUCUGGUCAACUUCGCCAUUUGUAAGGAAAUAUCCAAAUACUUCUCCAGUAAGUAUAUUCCUACUUUUUGUAUACAGGUAUCCUACUCUAUACUACUUUAUUAACAACCAUCUCCUAGGUUAUCUCAAAAUACCUAAUAUCAUAUAAACGAGAUAUAAUAAAUAUCACCAGAUGGUCAUUCUACUACAAAAUUAAAUUAUGAAAAUCGAUCUGAAAAUAAGAAAGUUAUUCAAGAUCAAAAUUUGUUGACAUUUCAAGAUUUUUCUAUGCACCUGAGUGUAGUAAAAUUGUAGUGAACUCAUUGUUUUUUUAGCUUGUUUCAGUUUCCAGGAUUUGCUACCAUACAAGUGUAUACUUUGGGCUAGAAUUUUCCUGAAUUAGACACAUUAUUUUGUUUAAAUUGUUCAGUUGGUAUGCUUGUGAAAUGUUUCAGCUCCACUUGAGAGUAAUAGGCAGUCUGAAAUGCAGUUAAAAUUGGACUAUUUCAACAUGCUUUAGAUUUAUGUUGUCAUUAAAAUCACAUAAAGGGGGCAGAGAGCUGAGUGAAAAUAAGUGGGUUACUACUGUAUUUUCAGUUUGUGUUUUAUAAAGUCUGUAUUAUCUGGCUCCUUCUGGAUAAGAUGCUGAUAUUAUUUUAUAUUUUGAUGAAUAGUUUCUCUGUUAAUGGCCUAUAUCUUCCAUCUAAAGGUGAGUAUAGGAUUUAUUCAUUGAAAAAAUAUUUCAAACUAUUUUUAGGAUUCUCUGCUGCUAAUGAUACAGCUGAAGAAAUUCAACAUGCUAUUUGCAGAAUAAGUUCAAAAGAAUUACAAGCUUCUGCCAACGCUACAUUAACUAGGCAACUAAAGGGAGUUUGUACAUCUAGUUAUAUUCAAGAGAGAUUAGAUGAAAUGCAAAAUAAGGUUCUACAUCAAAUCGAGGGUAUCAAAAGCAUUCUCGAAAGUAAUGGAUUUGUUAUACCGCAAUCAACUGAAAGUCUUGAGAAGCAGACAGUUUUGAUUGAAAAGUCAUUGGACCAUACAGAGUAUUCAAUAGCUGAUGAAAUAUCUACAUUUAAUGAUACAGUAGCAAACUCAAAUAAAGGAAGCAUUUAUUACUACUACUGGGAUAUUCAUCAAAUAAGAAAACUUCUAGGGAAGAAAGACAUGUAUAAGUCCAGCCCUGAAUUUUUUGUACUUGGUCACACUCUUCAUCUGCAGUUUUACCCCAAUCACUUGGAAGAGAACUUUUUUGGAAUUUUGUUGCGCCCUUCAAGCAACGGAUUCUUGAAAAAACACAAAAUCAUCAUUUUGAACCAGCUACGCCAAAAUUCAGAUAUCAGUUCUGAUAUUUUGAAUGGUAUCAGAUCUGACGACAGCACGUUCAUAAUUUCAGAAGAUUCAGUGAAUGGUAAAGGCUUUAUAUACAAUGAUACCAUGAUUGUCAAAUUGGAAUUAUUCUUAAAUUCAUGAAUAAAAUGUUUUUGAAAAAUUGAGGUUUUCUUUGUGAAACAUUUAGUAUGGAAUGAAAUGUAUUUUUUGUUUAGUUUAGGUAUAUUUCUUUUUCUAGGACAAAUUGUUGAACACUUGAUAAGAUACAUUUUAUUGUGCAAAAAGUCUUAUUUGUAUAUUUUUGAACAAUGUUAGGACUAAAAUAAUCAUGUGAUGUACUACAAAACGUGGCGAGUUGAAAAAUGGAGGACAAAACCUAAUGUGAAAGUAGUAUAAACGAGUUGUUAUAGGCCAAUACCAAAUUAUGUUUGAUGCAAUUUCAGAAGCCAUUUGAAAAUGGUAAGAAAUCAGCUGAAGGCCAAAUAAAAUUUCAUCUUUUAAACUAAUUGAAAUGUUUAUACUAGAGUUCCUUAGUGUUUCCCGAUCAUUGUUGAAUUGUUAUAUUUUUGUAUUAUGUAUAUGUUUGUUUGAAUUAAAUUUAUUCAGAUUCGCCUUUUUUGGAAUAUAUUUUUUCAUUUCUUUGUUAUCCAGAUAAACAUACAGAAAUAUUCAAAUUUGAAUCCGUGCAUGGGGAUUUCAUAAAUGUUGAAUGAUUGAUU